GGAGCCGCCGCCAUUUUGUCUGGGACUGGGAGUGGAAAUGUGAAAGGAAAAGCCGGAGCGGAGCCCAGGAGACCAAGCGGGGCGCGCGGCGGAGAGAGCCCCACCCCUCCCCCCCGGAGAGCAGCGCGGCCCCUUCGGCCCGGGCCGGCGAGCAGCCCAGGGAAGGCGGCAGCGGGCUGCGGUACCCUGGGGCCGGAGCGGCUUGCUGGCCCCCGGCGCACAGCAGGGGCCGCAGGGGACCUUGCUUCCUCGGCUGCGGGCGCUCUCAGGGCGGGCUGGUUGGCCGGUUCCCGGCGGGUGUCAGUCCCGUCUCUCCCCGUGGGUGCGGGGCAGGCCGGCGGGACCCCGGGCUGGUGAGCGGGGCCGGCGGAGCGGAAGAUGUCGGGCCAGUCGAUCACCGACCGCAUCGCGGCCGCCCAGCACAGUGUCACCGGGUCAGCCAUCUCCAAAGCCGUCUGCAAGGCGACGACCCACGAAGUCAUGGGGCCGAAGAAGAAGCACCUGGACUAUCUAAUCCAGUGCACAAAUGAGAUGAAUGUGAAUAUUCCGCAGCUGGCAGACACGCUUUUUGAGAGGACUGUUAACAGUAGCUGGGUUGUAGUGUUCAAAGCUCUAAUUACAACACACCACCUCAUGAUGUAUGGAAAUGAGCGCUUUAUCCAGUAUCUUGCAUCCCGAAAUACAUUGUUCAAUCUAAACAACUACCUGGACAAAAGUGCCAUGCAGGGUUAUGAUAUGUCUACCUUCAUUAGGCGAUAUAGCAAAUACUUGAAUGAAAAAGCACUUUCUUACAGACUUUUAGCAGUUGACUUCACCAAAAUGAAAAGAGGGAUAGAUGGAGUGAUGAGAACUAUGAAUACUGAAAAGCUUCUGAAAACUCUUCCAAUUAUUCAGAACCAGCUUGAUGCGCUCCUUGAUUUUGAUGCAAAUCCAAAUGAAUUAACCAAUGGUGUAAUAAAUGCUGCCUUCAUGCUUCUAUUUAAAGAUUCCAUUAGGCUUUUUGCAGCCUAUAAUGAAGGGAUUAUUAACCUAUUAGAAAAGUAUUUUGAUAUGAAGAAGAACCAGUGCAAAGAAGGUUUGGAUAUUUACAAAAAGUUCCUAGCCAGAAUGACCAAAUUGUCAGAAUUCCUCAAAGUAGCAGAGCAAGUUGGAAUUGAUCAGGGUGACAUUCCAGAUCUUACUCAGGCACCCAGCAGCUUGCUUGAAGCAUUGGAACAGCAUUUGGCUUCUCUAGAGGGGAAAAAAACAAAAGAAGUCUCAGCUGCUAGCAGAGCGAGCACCCUAUCCAGUGCUGUUUCCACACUUGCCAACACAGGAAUGUCAUUUAGCAAAAUGGAUGAGAAAGAGAAACAGCAAGCUUUGGAAGAAGAACAAGCUAGACUGCAAGCACUUAAGGAGCAGCGGUUAAAAGAGAUUUCUGUGGUAUCAAAUUCCACUUCUACAUCAGCAUCUCCAAGCACCUUAUCAGGGAAAAGUGUGAAUACCACUACAGCUGUUGACCUCUUCGCAGCACCAGCACCUACAACCAGUAGCAUGCCUAACCUUUCCAGUGAUCUCUUUGAUCUUCAACCUGCAUUUGUUCCAACUGUACAGAGUACUCCAGCUAUAGCAACAUCAGCAAGCAAUGCGUGGGGGGGAGGUCCUUUCUCGUCCUCAAAUGGUUGUGUUGGUUCUCCAUCCCAUCUGGACAUCUUUGACAUGAAGCCAGUUGAAGAAGCUGUAAAAUCUACUAUUCCUUUCGUCUCUUCCACCUUUACAUCCAAACAAACAGUGGAACAGUUUAGUGGAUUUCCUCUUCAUUCAGCUUCUCAGAGCACCACCUCUUCCAUAAUUAAUGUGGAUUUUGAUGCUGUCUUUGGAGGAAAGUCAACGGCACAUGAGUACAGGACCAUAAAUGAGGAUGUAUUACAACCAACAGUACCAACACAAUGUCAGAGAACCGUUCUAAUCAAUCAGCAGAGUGGAAAAAUUUUAGCAAAUGACCUUGAUUCAUCACUUGCGAACUUAGUAGGAAAUCUUGGCUUUGGAGGAACCCCUUCCAAAAAGUCAGACAUGCAAUGGAAUCAGCCAACAGAGAAGAAACUUACUGGCGGAACAAACUGGCAGGCAAAAACAAGCACAUCAACUACAUGGAAUACUGCCCCCAUUCCUCCUGCUCCACAUAUGAAUGGAGUACAUUAUCCUGGAUAUGUACCUGCUCCAAUGACCUACCCAGUGACUACACCUCAAGUGCCUGUGUAUGGAAUGGUACCGCCUCAGAUUGGUGCUGCUCCUUUAAUGGCACCCCAGCCAAUGAUUUAUACACAGCCAGGUCUCAGGCCAACGAAUCCCUUUGCGCCUGUCCCUGGAACACAGAUACAGUUUAUGUAGAGCAGCCAAAGCAGCGAGAUACAUUGACGACCAAAUACUGGUAAAAAGAAGAGUUAAAAUUGUGUUCUCACAGUGCAGUCUUCAGCAAGGCAUCCACUUACUACUCCCUGUGUAACAUAAAAUUACUUUGAAUUGCAAUGCUUUAGAGAUUCUUGUUUAUAACAGUCACUAUGGUAUGGAAUCAUGUUUGUUCAUUGGUUUUAGACUGUAAGACUAGCUUCAGUAGAAAACCAAAAUCUUUGAAGCUAAAGGUCAGUUUAGAAGAUGAGAAGAAUCUGACUUUAAGGACCUGUACCUUCUGAAGAGGGGCUUAUUUACAUAAUUGCUUUGCAACUUUAUUCAUCAACAGAUGGCCUGUAGAAAGUUGAUUGAGGGCAUGAUAUUUCUAUUUAUUUUAUUUUCUCCCUGAACUGUGUGGCUGUUGUAAUCAAGGCACAACUCAAAUGAAGUUGAGCAAUAAAACUUUCAUAUGCUCUAAUAAAGUACUCUGAUAGAGUAAUGCUUGUAUUAUCAUAUACAGCCAAUAUUGUGUGAAAUCAGACAGCUUUCUCAUAAUAGAAUAGCUUCUUAUAAUUCACAAAUUUUAUACUGUGAGUUUUAAAUGCUGUGAAUCAACUAACUAUAUAUAAAAACGAUUAAUGGAAAACUGGUCCAUUGGCAUUAUGGCAGUGCGUUCUAUUGCCAACUGAGAGAUUCAGGCUUGAGAUCUGUCUCCAAGCAGGAGAAAAUAGUAGUAUGUUACAGAAUAGCAUGUACAGCUUCCAAACAGAUAGUGAUAGCUGCACUUCCUUACAGUAUCUUUUGUGCAGAUAGCAGCAUUGUUCUUAGCUCUAGCAGGAGUUGCCGUUAUGUCACAGUAAAACUGCAGACACAUCCAGCAGCAGCAAAUUGGAGGGAUUAGUAAAUCUUGUUGCUGGCCACAAAAGAGGAGAAAUGUCCACAUUUGAGUAGUUCGGCGGGUAAAAAAAAAAAGAAGUUGAUCUUUUCGGACUGGAAACUACAUUCAUGGUAUUGUCCAGCCUUUGACUAUAGCUUUUGCCACUUGUUCAACAACAAAUCCAGUCCUUAAAAAUUACAAAAAAAGUAAUUAUUUUAAAGUGUGUAAAUAUAUGUGUAAACUUUGAAGUACGUUUCUUAAUGCUGCAGUAACUUUUUUAUUUUGUUGAAUUUUCAAAAUAAAAAUACUGUAUUGCUUAAGAAAUGUACAUACAUUUCUUUUAUAAUAAAAAUCUUGCAAUCCAUUAUCUAAUCUAUGAAAAAUAUAACUGCAGUCUAGCUACGCAUAUGCAAAAAUGAUUUCAAAAAUUAAGGUUUUCACUUUCAUAUUUAUUAAAUAAAAUAUUCCCUAAAAAUACUGUAGAAUGUUGAUAAAAAAUACCUUCGAACACCUGAAGAAUAAAAAUGAUAGCAUGAAAAAAGUAUGUAAUUUGACACGCAUACAAUUCAGAACAUGUUUCCAGAACUUUAGUGGGAGAAUAGAAGAAAAGGGAAAAGUGCUAUUGUAUCAUUUAAAGCUCACUGUGGGAUAAUCUUAAACUGGGUCAUCAUAAAAAGAAAAUAAGCGUCCUUGUUAUUUACAUCAGUAUAGUAGUGACGGUCUUGUCUUGGGAAUGUUACGUUAGCAAUAAUAUCAUUAAGGGUAGCUUACGAAUGCCAACAUGUUGUUUAGUAAUCUUGCCAAAUUGUUCUAGAGCAAACCUUUGAAAUACAGCACUUAAAUUCUAUAAUACCCUUUUCUCUAGGUACCUUUUUGUUUGUUAAUUUUGUGCCAAGAGUGUAAGGGAAAUAUACUUAUUUCAUAAAAGAAAUAUACUUUUUGUCAAACUAAAUGAGAAUUUUUAAGUCCUUUUGACACAUGUAUUUGAAAUUUGUAACCACUAACUUUCUGUGAAAUUAAAUGUUGCAAAUGGAACAGAUGUAUUAAGCCAAAAUUCUGGAUAUGUACUGGCAAAGGUAUAAACUGGACUACAUACAGUGAUUAAAUAUUGAAAUUUGAAUUUAAAGGCUUUUGGCUUUAAUCCCCUCUUCCUGGGUUGACCAAAAAUACUGUAUAAUUAAUUUUAAGCCAGUGAAUUCUCCAGUGCACAGAGUGGCCCUCCACAUGCUGGGGAAACAUACCCAUAACUUGGAGUGGGUCAUAAUGUUUCAAACUUUAUUUGAUAUAGGGAUGAAUUCCAUUGAGUUUACUCAGCAUUUAAAGACCUUGCUUCCAACGAAUUCUUCUGUCUUAAAUCCAGUUUAGAUCAGUACCUGUGAUAGACUAGUAUGUGUUUUUUAAAAUAGUUAAGCAGUAAUGUCAAUGCUCAGAGGUUGUGAACAGGUAAUGUCUGGCACUGUAUAAAGUAAAUAUCAAGACUCUUUUUUUCCUGUAGCAGCUUAUUUUAUAGUCCUGUUCAAGUCCAUUUUAAAUUAUAUCCCUCGUAUGAUUCAUUUUAAAUUGCUCAAAUGAAUGAAUGGGCAGUCAGCAUACAUUCACUGUAACUUUUUUGAAGAGCUAUAUUCUGAUUAGCUAGAAUGUACUUGUUCUGUACUUCCUGCAGUCAGAAAUAAGCUCAAAUACUUUUUUUAAAUUUCUGAUUGGCUAGUGAAAUUUUUAGUGACUUUGUUGGGCAGCUUUCCUGUAAUCAGACUGUCUGAUAAGUUUUAUUAAGUAUUAAAAAGGAAAAAACAGCCACAGUGUACAUCUUAAACAUUUUAUAAACUACCUUCCCUUUAGUCUUGUACAAUAUUUGUUGAUGCAUUAAUGGGUUUACGUAAAAAUCUUGAUAUAGUUUUAUCACCUUUGAAGAAAAGGUGGUUUUAGCAUAUUUCUGACUUCACAAAAGUGUACAGAACUGCUUUUAGCAACUUCCUUGUGAACAUGUUUGAACAUGUAAAAAGCUGGAUUAUCAUUUUUAGCCCACAACGUAUGGUUUCAUAAAUUAAGAAUAAUGUAACUGCAAGGAAACAGGACACUGUCAAGAUUCUUAAGGCUCAGUAUUAGCCCUUUGAUCUUCUGAAAGACACUUUUUGUUGUACAGCAAAAUUAUUCCCAUUAUUGGGGACCAUAUGACUUUAAAAAAAAAAAAAAAAAAAGCCUUGCAACCGUUGCAAAUAGUAGCUGGUACAAGAGCAAGACCACAAAGGACUUGUAUGUAUAUGGCAUUGUCCAUUCGCUCCCCUACUAACCCUGUCUUUUGUGAUUAAGCAUCCUGUUCUGAGUGCUCUUCAGCUCCUUCCUUUCUCUCAAAAUUAGUGAAAUCUGCGGAAUGCCAUGCACUUCCAUCAUGUAUUCCUGUGGCAUUUGUGACUAUCAUUCCACCUAACAACUGGGAUGUUAACACUGUUGCAUCCCUUUUUUGGGAAGCAAGUUAAUCUCUUUCUGAUGGGGCAAUUUACCAUGGAAUCUAUUGCAGAAGAUGGGAUGGAAAGUUGUAAUAUUGAGCUUGUUGGACUUGAAAGUGUCCCUUUUAAAUAGCUGUCCCUUUUUAAUAUCCUUAAUGUACGUUAUGAAUUUGCCUCCAGGAAGUUCUCUACUUUAAAUUUAGAUUCCCAACUAGAAUUAUGUAAUAGAGAAAUUUUAGUUCUGUGCACAUAGUGGUGGGGAAAAAAUGUAGGGUAAAAAUAGUGAGCAUAGUUUUUGUAAAACGUUGAAUAACCUCUUACUACAAGAUUGAAUACAGGGUGUGUCCAGAUCUGGUUUUUUGAUGUGUGGCAGAGAGGGUGGGUUACAAUUUUAGAGUAUCAUGCACUGUGGAUCGGUGCUUUAUUUGUAAAUAAAAGGGAAAACUUUUUUCUUUUGGGUAGUUUGUAUUGUAAGGAUAACAUCAAAGGGCACUGUGUACCAGUCAUUUAUUUCCAUUUUAAAGAUUAUAUUUUUGAGUAAUGGAAAUUGUACAUGUUAUCAUUUAUACAUUUAUUGGUAGAGAAAUAGAAAAGUUAUGUUGCUAUUACUCUGAAGAUGUAUUUGAUUGUCACGUAUUGCUAAAUACAUUACUGCAUAGCUUUUUUCCACAAGUAUCUCAUGUGCAUUUAUUUAAAGAGAUUGUAAUAACUGGUGCGGUUUAAAAAAGAAAAAAGAAAAAAAAGAUGAUGUACAUUAGGAAUCCUCCUUCAGUAUCUCAAACCUGUAGCCUUGUGUUUCAAGUCUAAUCCUUUACCAGAUAUUUGGCUGGGGAUUUCAUCAUAUAGAGCACUGGUGCAAAAAAAAAAAAGGUGCUGAACAGAUUUAUUCAUUUGGGAUUAUUUAUUUAAUGGCUCUUUCAUCAUUUUAUAUGUUGCAUUUUCCCCAUGUAUAACAGGUUUGUGCCUUUUAUUGGGUAUUUAUUUAAAAGGAGCUUACUAUAAUGUAGGAGGUUGUUUUUACAGGCUUAUUCUUGUAUGGCUGUUUCUUUAAAUGAGUUCCUUUCCAUUUUAUAAUAAUGGAUACAGAAUGUGUGGAAAACAAACCAUUGACCAUAAAACUGGGAGAGGGGAGAUACAAAUUCUGCAAAAUAAAACAUUGCAUAAGCACAAGACUGGCUAUGUUGACAUUUAAUUGUGGCACUUAAUUUAACAACAUACAAAACUGUGUUGGGUUUUUUAAGAUUGUUGCUCGGAUUCAUUCAUUUGUUAUUGAAAGGUUUUGAAAAAUAAACUUUGGCACAAAUAA